AUGGCUCCACAUAAGGUUGUGGAAGGCUCACCCACACAACAGAUCAUAUCCGACCACGUUUGGAAGCGCAAGCGACCCGAAACCGACUAUGAACGAUGGCAGCGGGAGCAAGACGAGAGCUACGAACCCGGCGGACGACCACAAUACGGACCGCCAAACGAAUUCCGGAAAGAUGACUAUGUGGCAGACGGAACUGAGGAGUUGCUCCAUGGACAGCAUUAUUCUGUAGAGCACCGGGCCCCAUCGCACGGUUAUUUUGUGUCCUCAACAGCCCCGGCAAAACCCAUCACAAGCGAGGGUAGCUUCAUAUCUACUGCCAGGAAGGCUUUGCAUCUGGGCGACGAGACAUUUAUGGGCAGCUUACUGUUUUUCGCCGUCUUGUUGAUGAUCUCUUUCGUGGUAUCAAAGUCAAUCAAAUGA